CUCAACAUCAGUUACGUGGGUGACGUCCAGAUCGACGUGGAGGUGAAGAAGUUCUUCUGCAAGGCAGGGGUGAAGGGGAUGCAGCUCCACGGGAUGCUGCGGAUCAUCCUGGAGCCCCUCCUGGGGGACGUGCCCAUCGUGGGGGCCCUCACCAUGUUCUUCAUCCGGCGCCCGACCUUGGACAUCAACUGGACAGGGAUGACCAACCUGCUGGACAUCCCAGGGCUCAGCUCCAUGUCGGACACGAUGAUCAUGGACACCAUCUCCUCCUACCUGGUGCUGCCCAACCGCCUCCUGGUGCCGCUGGUGCCCGACCUGCACGAGGCCGCCCAGCUCCGCUGCCCCCUGCCCCGGGGGGUGGUGCGGGUGCACCUCCAGGGCGCGCGGGACCUGCGCUGCAAGGACCGGUUCAUGGGGGGGCUGGUGGAGGGCAAGUCGGACCCCUACGCCGUCCUGCGCGUGGGCACCCAGGUCUGCACCAGCCGCGUCAUCGACGACAACCUCAACCCCACCUGGGACGAGGUCUACGAGUUCAUCGUGCACGAGGUGCCGGGGCAGGAGGUGGAGGUGGAGCUGUUCGACAAGGACCCCGACCAGGACGAUCUCCUGGGCAGGAUGAAGUUGGAUCUCGGGGAGGUGCUGAGAGCCCGGGUGAUGGAGGAGUGGUUCCCGCUGCAGGAGGGGGGUCAGGGCCGGCUCCGCCUGCGCCUGGAGUGGCUCUCCCUCCUGUCCGACGCCUCCCAGCUGGACCAGGUUCUGGAGAGGAACAGGACGAUCGUGGCCAAACCCGACCCCCCUUCCGCCGCCAUCCUGGUCGUGUACCUGGACCGGGCCGAGGAGCUGCCUAUGAAGAAGCCUGGGAAGGAGCCCAACCCCGUGGUGCAGAUCUCGGUGCAGGACGUCACACGGGAGAGCAAGGUGGUCUGUAACACCUCAGCCCCCGUCUGGGAAGACGCUUUCCGCUUCUUCCUGCACGACCCCAGGAACCAGGACGUGGAUAUCCAGGUGAAGGACGACCCCCGGCAGACCCCGCUGGGGUCCCUGUCCGUGCCCCUCUCCCGCCUGCUCCAGGCUCCGGAGCUGACUCUGGACGAGCCCUUCCCGCUCCAGCGCUCGGGGCCCGGGAGCCGCCUGUUCAUGAAGCUGGUCCUGCGGGUGCUUUUCCUGGACGCCCCCGAGGGUGGAGUGUCCCCCCCUGCCCCCCCGGGGCAGCCGCAGCCCCCGGCCAGCACCGAGAGCCCCCCCCGGCCCAGCCAGGCCAGCCCGGACCCCCGGUUUGGCACCGAGCACGUGCUGCGGAUCCACCUCCUGGAAGCCGAGAACCUGAUCGCCAAAGACAACUUCUUCAAGGGGGUGGUCCGGGGCCGCUCCGACCCCUACGCCAAGGUCCGGGUGGCCGGGAGGGUCUUCCGGAGCCGAGUGAUCAAGGAGGACCUGAACCCCCGUUGGAACGAGGUCUAUGAGGUGAUCGUGGACAACAUCCCAGGGCAGGACGUGGAGUUCGACCUCUUCGACAAGGACGUGGACAAGGACGAUUUCCUGGGCCGGUGGGUGCGGGGGGGCGUGGGGACUUUGGGCCCACCCCCCCGUGCCCCCCAGGUCCUGCACACCAACAGCCUCCUGCAGCCCGCCCGGGGCGAGGAGCUCUCGGCCGCUCUCCUCUCUGUCUUCGUGGACCGAGCCGCUGACCUGCCGCUCCGGAAGGGCUCCAAAGCCCCCUCCGCCUUCGCCAGCCUGGCCGUGGGCAACGUCUCCUUCAAGACCAAGACCUGCGCCCCGUCCUCAGAGCCCACAUGGGACGAAGGCUUCUCCUUCCUCAUCAGGCGGCCGCAGGAGGAGUCGCUGCAGCUCCAGGUGAAGGAGGAGGGGGGGCAGCCCCUGGGCACCCUCAGCCUGCCCCUGCCCCAGCUCCUGGCCUCGGAGGGGCUGGCUCUGGACGGAUGGUUCCCGCUGGCCGGGGGGGGCCCCGGCACCCAGAUCCUGCUGCGGGCACAGCUGGGGGUCCUGGUGUCGCAGCAGGUGGAGGCGGCGGCCGGGGGGUCCCUGGAGGGGGGGGACACGGACCCCCAGCCCGCGGAGGAGCGCGGGGAGGAGGAGGAGGGGGAGUGUGGGACGGGGGGGCUGCGCCAGCGCCUGCCCCCCAAGGACAGCCCCCCGGAGCCGGUGGAGGGUCCCCGGGUCCAGCUCACGCUCUGGUACCACCGGGACGAGAGGAAGCUGGUGGCCAUCGUCCACGCCUGCAGGGAGCUGCGGGCGGUGGCGAAGGAGCUGCCGGACCCCUACGUGUCCCUGGUGCUGCUCCCCGACCGCAGCCGCGGCACCAAGAGGAAAACCAGCGUGCAGAGGAGGACCCUGAACCCCGACUUCAACGAGAGGUUCGAGUGGGACCUGUCCCUGGAGGAAGUGUCACGGCGGAGUCUGGAAGCUCACGUCAAAUCCACCCUGUCCUUCAUGACCCGCGAGAAGGAGGCGCUGGGGAAGCUCCAUCUGAACCUGGCGCAGGUGGACCUGUCCGAGGGGGGAUCCCACUGGUACGAGCUGCAGGAUGAGCGGAGCGGCCCCUAGAGAGGAACCCCCGGCCCCAACCAGCCCCCCGUGGGGGGGACCCUCCGGCUGCCGCCGCCCCCC